AUGUCCGCUGCUUUUAAAUAUUUUCAGUUCACAGUCACAAGCCAGCCGAAGAAGAUGAUGAUGAUGGAAUUCCCGGAUGAAUCGGACACUCGUAGUAAAGCACGUUACCGUAUUAGCGGACGUUUUUUCAAACACUUCUCCAACAAUUCGUCGAUUCCCGGACUCAAGCUUAUCACGCAAGACGGAGUGUCUUGGUUUGAACGAAUCAUGUGGCUUCUCGUCUGUUUGGUUGGUAUCUUGUUCUCAUCGUUUUUCUGUUGGAAAAUGUGGCUCAAGUACGAGAGCUCACCUGUUUUCACGUCGUUGGAUUCGCCUCGGUUCCCACUGAACGACAAUCCAUUUCCCGCUGUCACUGUCUGCAGUGUCAACAAAGUAUCAGACAAACGGCUACGUUUAGCACUCUCUGAUCCAAGGUACAACAACGUUUCUUACAGCACCAUUCACAAGACGUUAAGGUACAUGACGAAACUGGACCGUGCAAUCAAACACGAGCACGAUCUCGAACAAUUGAGUGACUUCUACAAAUCGGAAAACAUAACAGCGAUCGAAUUGUUUGAGCUGCUCAAAAAGACUGCUCCAAACUGUCGUGAUUUCGUCUUGGAUUGCAUCUGGCAAGGGGUCCCUGAUAAAUGCAACGAUUAUUUAUCCAUCCGUCCAACUGACGAUGGCAUCUGUUGCACUUUUAAUGGAGCUUAUUACAGUGAUGAAGAACUGGGGAUUCAGUCCAAAAAUCAUGAGCCAUUGCAAAUUGAUGGAAAUGGAUACCGAAUGGGACUCACUUUAGUAUUGGAUGCUAAUGUGAAUGAUUCAAGCGUCACCAACGGAAAAUACGAUGGAUUCAAGAUACUCGUUCAACCUGGCGAACAUUUUCCGGAUGUUGCUGACCGAGGUUUUGUGCUAAGCCCGGGCACCGAAACUUUUGUUGGCCUUAAAGGUAUUUCGUCCAUAAUCACCAAUGAGGCGGUAUACACAGUUUCGCCACACAGACGACGAUGUGUCGUUGACGGAGAAAUACGACUAGAAUACGUCGUCCGAUACAGUCAAUCAUCCUGCAUUGCCGAGUGCACUUCGCGAAAGAUGCAAGAGCUUUGCCACUGCAGGCCUUACUUCUUUCGAGCUGACCCUUCAAUGCCGUUGUGCGAUCUGGGGAAAUAUUCCUGCAUCUCCGAGAUUUAUGAGGAAUUGCGUCGAAAUGGAAUUCACACUUGUGGUUGUUUGCCCCAAUGCAACGACCAGUGGUACGAACCGGAAAUUUCCCAAGCCAGCUUUCCAGGACGCGGAUUUAAUUCAUCUCGCACCUUUAGUCGUUUGACUGAAAAACUACAUCACAAACCGGAUUUCCAGUACUUCAAGUCAAAUGUAGCAACUCUUCAUGUUUAUUACAAGGAGAAGACAAGUUUCCUAUACAAGACACAAGUCUACUACGGCAUAGAGAACUUUAUUGCUGCUGUUGGUGGUAUUCUUAGCCUUGGCUUAGGCUUGAGCUUCAUCGGUAUCAUAGAGUUAGCCUACUAUCUGUUUUUCAGAUGUUACGUCCCUUUACUGUCAGCCUCAAGAGAGCAAUCGAGUGAAGAUUCGUCGGAAGACCCACUUCCGCUUUCUUAUCGUUUGGAUAACGACAACAGAUCAUUUGUUUCGUCAAAAACCACGCCAAAUUCGUCUACUUCAAAUCUUGCCGAGGCACGCCUCGGCCACCUAGCAACAAAUCAAGGGAACAUUAAAAUGGUUGAAAUUGCUUUAGACUAGUGAAAUAGCAAGACAGCUAUAUCUCAUAUCCUGUGUGGUAAUUUAUUUGAUUUAUUGGAGAGACUGUAAGCCUGAAAUGUGAAAAAUAAAAAUGUCAGGAAAUAGGA